UGAAGGAACACAUAUCAAAGUUUACAACAAAAAUGUCAGAACAAGUCACACAUAAUGCAUCAGUAGCUCUAUAUAAGUAUAUGUGUCAGAAUAUUGUUGGAACAGAUGAUCAAGUAAGAACUCUUAGAAUGAUGAACAAUAUAAGAGACUCUUUACAAAGCGACAACGUUUGUGAAGUAAUCACCAGUGGAAGUUUUGGGGAGGGACUAGAGAUGCGCGGUAGCGAUUUAGAUAUAAUGAUUGCUGUGAAAUGGGCUACAGUCUGUGAAGGCACAACCAUUCAUUUUAAUCCUGAGGUAACAACAUAUUUAACAAUGGAAACAGAAGAUACACAUCCAGGUUUCACUAAGUUACGUCUAGUGCACACUUAUGAUCGGCGUGUCUUUAAGAGCUGUGAUGAGAUAGGAAGUGAUUACUACUUUUCAAACAGUUCCUUUCGGGAACGAAUUACAAACACUAUAUUACCGACUGUUCACGGUCCAUGUUUGUCCGACAAAUAUGGAUUAUUUGACUUAGCUUUCUGCUUACGUAGUAAAUCAUGGAUAACUUCAGCUAAACAAUGGUUAACUCGAUCAAAUAACUCUUGGCCUGAAUACAAUGUGAAACAGUCUAUUGCUAGGCAUGGUGUACUUUUUGUUCCAGUAGGUGUAAAAGGAUCCAUACAAGAAAAAUUAGAAUGGAGAAUAUCGUUUUCUGUUGGAGAAAAAAUGUUAAUGUAUUCAUUAACCCACAGUCAGUUGCUUUGUUAUGCUUUACUGAAAAUUUUACUGAAAGACGUUAUAUCUCUUGCCUUAGAUGUUAAGGAUUUGCUGUGUUCAUAUUUCAUGAAAACCGUUAUGUUUUGGAUAUCGGAAGAAUCGUCUACAUCAAUAUGGAAACCUGAAAACUUAAUAUCGUGUUUCAUGAGAUGUUUUAGGAGGUUAAUAUAUUAUAUUGAAUACUCAAUGUGUCCACAUUAUUUUAUUCCUGAAAAUAAUUUAUUUGAGAAUAAAAUAAAGGGGCAAUCACAGCAAAUACUUUUAAAUACGUUGCAUGUUCUAACAAGUUAUGGUUGGCAAUGCAUCUUAUUUUCAGGCCAAAUUUCGAAUUUCGAUUCAAUAACAAAUAACAUUAGGGAGGAGCCACGUUGUUUACACGUCCGCAAUGUUGAAGCAUUAUUAUUUUCAAAUAUUCAUGUUUUAGACAAAAUGUUGUAUAAUAAAUUCAUUUUAGAAAAUGGGAUAUACAGAGUGUUGUCUAUCAACAGUUCAAAAAUCAAAUCCCUAUUCGCGUACUAUAUCUCAAGAUAUUGUUACAGAAGUCACCGAUUACUACAAUCGGAUGACAAAUUCGAUAACAAAUAUACUUACAAACAAUAUAAUACCUCUAUAAGUAAGUUUUUGCUGGGUACGCGCCAUGACGCUGUUUCUGGAUGGUUGUUGUUAGCUUCAUUUUUCUACAGGACAAACGAAUACAAAAAAGCUGUUGAUAUUCUCCAGUAUUGUCUUUUAAAAUGCACACCGGAAAAACUUUGCGAACGCAUGAAUUUGUCACAUAUUCAUAAAGAAUUGUUUAAUUUGCAUUUUUUUAGGAAGAUGACUAUUGUUCAGUUGUUGAAGUUUCUUCAUUUAGAUCAUGUGAUAUUUUCUUCAAACUCUGUGUUAGUACCAGAUGAAAUACGAAUUGAAGGAGAACACAAUGAACGCUUUAUCUCCCCAGUAGUUUUUACCCAUUUCCUACGUUUCCUAUGCCAUUAUCAUCUUAACAAUACCAAACAAUGUCGGGAUUUUCUCCAAGAUCUCCAAUUAACUAUAGAGGAAAACUAUUUCAUAGCAAAUUCCUUACUAAAAGCUAUAUCUUACAGUAUACUAGGCAAAACUUUUCAGUUAAUAGGAGACAUAGAGUCAGCGAGACGGGCAUUUAUGCAAUCUUUUGAACUUUAUACAUAUAUUAUGCAAAUAAUGCGUCCAGGAGAUUAGAAUUGAUUAAUUUAACGUUAUUAUGAUAAUGUAAAAUCAGUUUCAUUUCAUUAUCAUUAGUGAUUAUACGAUUUUACCACAUAUUAUGUUUGAUUUGAUUAAUCUUUGUUAUCUGCAUGAUUUACAUUGUUGUUAAACUUUUUGUUUGUCUCUUACACCCUUAUGAUAAAGGAAAGAAACAAAAGUAAGUUGAGUUACAAUUGUCUACAUGUUACGUCAGUGGAUACAAAAACUAUCCCAACUUACUUCAGGUGGAUGUACAUAACAAUUCGUAAGUCUAAGAAGUAACAGACAACCACAUGAGUAAAUGGAUAUCCAUGUGCAAGAAACACACUGCAGCAUAUGAAGAACACUUUUAAAAUCGAGACGAUUUUUCAAAAUCAGAACUGGGGGUUCAAGAAAUCGAGUUUUAUUAUUAAGAAUACUAUUGGACAUUUAAUAUUACAACAACUUGUUAAAGGUAUCUAUAAGAUAUUAGACGACAUAACAAUAUAAUUUUAUAUGUGGUGCUUAAUGGCGGUCGCAUUGGCUCUCUCUUUUCACAUAGACAGAAGCAAACACACAAACUUGGAAGUCAGCUUUUUUUAAUUAAAAUGGGAAUAAAUAAUAAGUAUAUUUUGGUGUACAGUAUAACAUAAGGGGUCGUCAUAAUAAGGACUUUUAUAGUUAGAUUAAAA